AUGGCGUCUUUGAUAUUCCGCCGCCUCGCGAUGGCUGCCGGAUCUUCAUCUUGUGGUUGGCCGAGAGUUGUAACGAAGUCAUCAUCGUUUUCUUCUUACGCGCCGUGGCUAUUGAUUGAAAACCGCAUUGAAGACAUCGUGAACAACAAAUGUUACAACUUUUACAGCAUGUCUGAUCAAAGCAUCAGGCACGAAUCAAAAGACGGGAGAGCUGAAGACGGGAUAUUGGUUGGAUCCUCGCACGGGUGGCUAGCUUUGUACAAGUGGCGGCAAGAUUUCAAUUACUUGGAUAUGUUUCUCUACAAUCCCCGCACCAAUCAAUACGUAGAUCUUCCACCAAUUGAAACCUCAUCACCUCGUAUUUUAAAAAAAGACAUACCGAACUACCGACCCACAAAGGUCAUCCUCUCAUGCUCUCCUCAACAAGACGACGACAAACAAGAAUGCAGGGCGAUUAUGUCAUUUGGUCCACUCGACAGGCUGGCAUGCUGCCGCCCCGAGCACAGCAAGCAGUGGACUUUCUUUAAAGAGCACGAGGCGAUCACCGAGCAAGUCUCAAGUCGUUCUUGGUUCCCGAGGAUUUACAAGGACUUUGUGUAUUCCCUCGCUCGAAACAAAUUGCUCUGCGUUACGAGGUGCGACAACUACGAGUGUUGGGAUCUCGACAACCCUUUCUCUCCGAAAUUGAUUUGGAGACUAGCGGACAACGAAACCUCUCACCGUACUUGGACUUACCUCGUGUUUGCCGAGAAAAUCGAUCGUCUCUUUGUUGUGCAUCGUCAUGUAAUGACCAACAUUGGUCCGUACCAAACCACGGGUUUUAAGGUUUAUGAAUUAAUUGUUGAUGCAGACGAGAAAGGAGGAGAUCUGAGGUUGAUGGAUGAUACUUUGGAUGGUAUGGCGUUUUUUAUUGGUUCUACGGGCCAUGGUUUCGUUCUUGGGGAUGGCGAUGAUGAAGAAAUGAUAAUGAUGGAUAAUAAUAAUGUGAAGCCCAAUUCGAUCUAUUUCACGGACCCGAAGGAACUAACUCCACUACCUUGGGAUGAAGAUACGGUGACGCACGGUGGCCAUGAUAUAGGCGUCUUUAAUUACAAAGACCAGACUUUUUCUUCGUGCUACUAUCCUCGUGAUCUCCGAAACUUGAAAAGAAAAAUCGUACCAACGCCAACGUGGUUCAUGCCAUCCCCACCUUAG